UCAACUUUGUUGUCAGCAACAGUUUGAUCUGUAUGUACUGUUGAGUUACAGAGAACUUUCCAGUUUCUAGUGCUGUGUGUGCAGUGAAAGUGUGCUGUAUACACUGACACUUACACUUACACACACACACACACACACACACACACACUUCGGCUUCAUAUUAUAACAUGAACCGUGUUGAGUCUCCCAAAGGACUUCACUGCUCCAGCGGCGCCAAAUUCAAAACUAACGCCAAGAACAGAGCUGUGUACAUGUCUACAGACGGACAAUGGACUUAUGUGCAGUAAAUACCAUUAAUUUGGAUGAAUCCACGUCCAGUUCUGAUGCUGCUGAUGUUUUAAUUCGCUCGACUAAAGCAGUUUUUGACCAGAAGAACCUGAAGAACCCGAGUGAAAAUAUGGAGUCAGAUUUAUCUUGUCACAGAGAUGUUAAUAUUUAUGUGCGGAGACUUUCAGACUCUGUUCAUGGUUCCUGUUUGGCUGAAAGCGGGUAUCUAGAGGAGAUGGGUUCUCCUGUGCUUCCUGUAAACACACAUUCAGCUUCACCCACAGCACCUGAAGACCAACAUCAUACAGCAUCAAAUGCAGUUUUUGGAGUUGCCGGUAGAAGUGAUGUGAGACACCAGAUAAGACUUCCUAGAGCAGGUAAAGAUUCACAAAAAACAUCAGUCAAAACAAGAGACACAGAGCAAGAAGGGAAGGAUGUGUUAAUAUCAACAUACUCUACUCAUGGGAGAGGUGCUGUUGUAGCUGCCCUAAAGCACAGAUCCCACAGUGCACCGGUGAGGCGGGAGGUGAAGGUACAGCUGUUGGAUGCAGGAUGUCCACAAAGCAGUGAACCAGAUCUUCCUGAGGUCCAUCCUAACGCUGCUUUAUCAUCAGGGGAUGCUGGAGCUGCUUCGACUUCGGCAGCCAUUACAGCUGCUGCCAUUGCAGCCACAGCUCCUCUCAUCAAGGCCCAGAGUGAUAUGGAGGCUCGUGUAGCUCAGGUGGCAUCUGAGUUGCGGCGACUUCAGGAAGCUGAGGGCAGAGUGAACAACGCGUUAGAGGGCAGAUCAGGCAGUGGUGCAGACAGAAUGGUCCAGUUGCAGGAUCAGCUGACUGUGCUGACCCAGCAGAGGCUUCAACAUCUGGAAACGACUCAGGUCCUACAGCUUGAGAUGCAGAACCGUCUCUUGGGCUCUGCUCUGGAUGCUGUAACAGCACGUACCAUCCCACCCUCACAAUCCACACUUCAUACAGACUCGGGUGUAACCCUGCCAGAGUCUGUACACAGGCCAGGGUUUAGCAGGCUUCAUGUUGUGGAAAAUGCUUCUACCAGAAAUUCAGGCCCUACAGUAGCCCAUGAGCAAAGCAGGGAGACUCGGAGAGGAGGUGGGAAAAGUCCGCUAGAGAUGCCGGCACCACGUAAUGUCAUCCCCAAACCCACCCACUGGAAUCGUGCAGCCUACAGCAAACAGGACAGGACACACAAACCUGCACAGACAAAACACAGAAAUGGCAGGCUGCAGGAACAGAUCUCUAACAACCAGAAAUCUACAAGACACCCAGCACAGUCUGAUGGAGUAAGGCGAGUUGCCAUAGCAACAAUCAAUGAUAGCCAACCAGAGUAUUCAAGAGAGAACCCAGGAGAAACAUCCAUCUUUCGCACUGGAAUGGUUGAACCAGAGAGGCCAGCUGGUGCACUGACCAAGCUUAUGAGCACAAACGAGAGGCAAGAAAGCCUGGAGGGAGUGCCUACUUUAAUACAUGCAGCUCCAAGCAGCUCCAGCUGCGCUGUGCAACAGGCCAAUGCAAUGCUACAGGAUCUGAGCAGACUCAAAGACGAGAUGAGAAACAUAAUCCAGAAUGCUGAUGCAUUUCCUGUGAAGCUUGCCGAGCCAAGCCACCCUGCACCCCACGCCCUGCCCUCUUCUCCACCCCAGCCCCCACCUCCAGUCUCCAUGCCAUCAGAGCAGGAUGAUGAGGUCACCCCUAAGGCUAUUCCUCUGUUUCGACCCAGCCAGCUACAGAAUAGCCAUCCACCUGCUUCCAUGUUUGAGGAUGCGGAGUGUGUCCUGAGGCAGGUCAGACAAAGCCGGAAGGUUUUAGAGGAGAAUCUGCAAACAAUUUUGAGAGCCAAAGAUGGAGAGGUGCUUCAUACACAACUAGAAGCACUGUCAAACAACAGGGAUGCCAGCGAGGAGCUGAGAAUAAAAAAGACCGUUGAUGCCUGGAUCAAUACACUGGGCAAGGAGAUUAAGGAUGAGCUAGCACAACAUGGAUCUGUUGUUCAGAUGAAGGCUGUAGAGAGAGAUAGUGUGGCAGCAGGCGGAUCAGCGCAGCAGGAUCAGAGCAGCAGGAGCAGGAGCACAGCUGGGAAAGAGCCUGGAAGACUGGGGAGAGAGCGGAAAGGAGCCACUGCAGCGGCGAGGAGAGAAACCUCUCACAGAGACUCCAAUAGACCACAGGCAGCAAGCACACAGGCUUCCAGCCAAGAGUUUGCCUCAUCUUUCAGAAACAACACCGAGCAGCACCCACACGCGUCUGCAGGUGAUGAAGCUUACCUAACGAAGGUGUACGGGAAAGCCUUGUAUGAGGGACAUCGGCGCACAAUAAAGAAAGGCCCCUACCUGCGUUUCAGCUCUCCCACACCAAAAUCCAAGGUGCAGCGUCCUAAAAUGGUAGAGAGUGUUAAAGGUGUGAAGAUGAAGUCCUGCAAGACCCAGACCAGCAUUUCUGGAGCUUGUGAUGCAUCUCCCCUGCAGCCUGUGACCUCUGAGCCCCAGUACCUGUUCCGUCCUUGCAGCCCCAUCCAGGAGCAGCAGCCUGGCUCCCUGUUAAAAGGCUACCUCAUGCCCAUGGCCGUCCCUCUGGGUAAACUGGGCAAGCCUAGACUUGAUGGCCAGGCUGCUUUGCCUUCACGGGUCAUCAUUUGUGACAAGCCUGCAACUGUGAUAACCUCCAUUCCUCCUGCCCCCAAAGUGGCUCCUCUUAUCCGUAAGCCCAACACACUCCUGCUGGAAGUUCAGUCUGAACACAAGAAAUCUGCUCCACACCUCCAAAUACAGGUUCAGCCUAGUGUAAACAUUGAGAGUGUAUCUGCCGUGAGCUGCACACCCUCUCCUUCACCUCCUCCUCUUCUCCAUCCUCCAUCCUUUCAGACUGGAGCAGACGCCCAAUCUGAGGAGAACGAUGGUUUUCCCCGAACCAACUUCUUGGAGGAGGCAGACAACAGCCAGGAGACUGAGAUGGAGGAAGAAUUUCCUGAUUCUCCUAUAGAGUUGCAUGGACUGCCCUCUCCUCCAGUUGCUCUGUACCAUGGUCCGACUUUUCCAACACAGCCGAGCCAGCCUAGUUCCCUCACCCAGCCCGUACUCGUGUCCAUCCAGCACAGAGAGACCCUGGAGAACAGACUUGUGGAUUGGGUGGAGCAGCAGCUGAUGGCAAGGAUGAUCAGUGGAAUGUUCCCUCAGCCAGUCCAUACAGACCCAGCCACCCAAUCAGAGACAGAGGCCAGUGUCACCUCAGACAUCACAGUGGAGACAGUGGGAGGAGUGCAACUGGUUGUGGACGCUGGCAUGCCAGUGGACUCAGAGCUCAUCCGGCAGUAUGUGAAUGAGGUGCUGGCUGACAUAAUCGCCCUAACAUUGGGCCAGAGAGAGGGCCAGAGAGAGCAUCCUGCUCCAGCUUCAACACCGGAUACACACAUUCAGCAGGAGAGAGCAGUACUGACACCAGUUCCCACUCCUGAGCCCAGUGUGAAAGAGAAUCCUCCAGCACUGAGGGAGGUGCCGUCUCCAAUCAGCACUCCAGAUCUCUCAGAGCAUCCUUCCCCUUCUCAAUCACCCAGAGAUUCCCAGCAUGCACAGCCUCAGCAGCCAGUUUUAUCAGAAAAGGAUCCAGUGGAAACACCUAUAUGCACGCCAGUUUCAUCCCCCAGAAGGAUAACGACGCCAGAACCAGCAAACCUGCACAACCAUCCAUGGGGAUAUGCAGAACUUCCUCUUACAGAGGAGAAACCACACAGUGAGGGAGAGGAGCAGCAACCACUACCAGUCAGUGUACUGUCAGUAGCCCAUGAGGAGGAGGAAGAGGCAAUCAUGCAUCCAUUCUCUCCAGUUCCUCCCAAACCACAGAAUCCUCCAACUGCUGUAGUAGAGCAUACUGAACCUGCUCCUCCUGAGUCUCCGUCUGUGAAGGAGAACAGCUCACACUCCAGCACCUCCAUCACAGAGACUGAGACAGAGACUGCAGCUAGACACAUCUCUGAGGGAGAGCUGCUCCGCAGCUGCGGCCAGAUGGCUGCAGUCAGAGCUUUAGCAGAGGAGGGCUUCACUUUGCAGAACCUAAUGACAAGCUUCAACAGCUCACUGCAUGGAGUCCAAGAUAUGGAUUAUGAUCCUCCAAGCGAGGGUGAGGUGAUGAGAAGGCCACUUGUUUCUGCUCACCGUGACCCAAUCUUGUCACUGCUGGCCCGGAUGGAGCAGGGUCCAGUCAUCCAACCACAGCAGCAACCGGAGAGCUGGUGGGAUGAGGAGAGCAGUGGGGAGGUGAGCGAAGGGCAACGGCUAGUUCUGACUGAAGCACAGGAGAGAGUGGUGAUUGGACACUCUCUUAUCCCGCAGCAUCAAUCUAUCCAGCCCUCUGCAGAGCAGUCACCCCACGCUACCCUGAGUUCACCUGGGCAAGCACAAACUCAGCACAUAGGUGAAAAAGGUGCAGUAGCUAAGAAUGGCGGAGUGUCAGUUAACAUCUCCCUAUCAGCAGAGCACACAGAGUCUCCACAUGUUCUUCACUCGUUUACUGCAUCUUCCCUUCAGCCAGGAGACUACACACCUCAACAGGCUGUUGAGACUCGACCGUUAGUACACAGACCGACUCCAAUACUGGUGAAGCAAUAUAAAAGCACAGAGGAGCCAGGAGCUGAAGAUGCUCAACGAGCAGGAGGAGGCCUGGAGCCAAUGUCAGCUCAGCUGCUGUCUGACGAAUGGGACAGUCAGUCUCCCACUAUCAGCACUGUAGAAGGAGAUUCAGACUCAUUCAGCGAAGUGUUCUAGCACCUGUGGAGCUUUCCCUGUGUCUCAUCUCCGGUUGGUCUCCGUGUGCAGGAGCUGGGGAAAUCUCUAUCAGACUGAAUGGCGCUGUGUGACCACUGUGAAGUAUUUAUCACUGUGCCUUGUGAAAGGAUAAAAUUAUAUUUCUUGUGUUAGUGUGAGAGUGUUUUGCUUAAUGUUUUUGGCACCACAUUUUCCAUAGCAAGAUCUGCCUGGACAUGUGAUCCUGUGCCAUUCAGGUGGUUUUAACUGUGUGAAAAGGAAAUGUGUGUAUCGGUUAGUCAAACAUGAUUUUGCAUUUUCAAACCAAUAAAUAUUUUAUCACUAAA